AUGGACGGUGUGCACAACCCGCAUGACGACUUUGUCAACUCGCAAUGGGUUGAGAUUGGGAUGCAGCAGCACCAGCAGCACCAUAACCAUCAUGGACAGCAGCACCAGCACCAGCAGCAGCAGCAACAACCUGCUCCCAUACAUCCCCAGCAGCAACACCACCAGCAUCAUCAGCACCACCCUUCUCAUGACUUUGGUGCCUACGGCUUCGUGGAGUCACCGGGAUUCGUCCCCCAGGACCAGCAGUUCAGGCUUCAGGCACCUCCUGUCCCGAUAGCUCCCAACUACUUGGGUUUGUCCCAUUGGGGCCAAAAUAUGGUUCCCCCAGCUGCUUCGCACGCCCAGUUUAUGCCGUCGCCUGCAAUUGCUCCUCCCCCGGGUUCGGCGCCCUUGCCAAACAGCGUGUCGGCACAUACUACUCAGUCGACUUCAAGCCCGAGGAGAACAUUGACCGACGCGGAUAGGCGGAGAAUGUGUAUCUUUCACGAAGAGCACCCGAAUGUCAAGCAGACUGAGAUCGGAGCAAUGUUUGGGGUUGAAAGAAGUACUGUUUCCAAGGUUCUUCGACAAAAAGAGAAAUAUCUCUUCCCUGACGAUGGGAGUAGAUCGCCAGUCAAACGUUCUAAAGGGAAAUUCCCCGAUAUCGAACGAGCAUUGGCAGUAUGGGCGAAAAACACGCGGAAGCAAGGCGUUGCUCUAACAGAUAUGAUGAUACGGGAGAAGGCGAAAUUCUUUGCGUCGAGUGUUGGGAUCUCAGACAGCCAGUUCAAAGCAAAUAGUGCGGGGUGGCUGGAGAAGUUCAAACACAAAAACAACCUGCAUGCAAAUGGCCGGGGAAGAUCGGAAAGCGACGUGACAGGUGCGGGAAGAGCUGCAUCAAUAGGAUUGCUCGGGUCGCCGAGACAGGGACACGCGAGGACGGAGUCGACACCGAUGUUCAAGCAGGAGGGCGUCGGCCCUCUUGGCUCGCCGUUGAUGCGGGAGUCUAAGAGUACGGAUAGUAACCAUACUGAGUCUCCAGAAUCCUAUAUGGAAUUCGGUGGGUUUAAGCAUCAGAUGCAAACACCAGGUCCCGCUUCACCAACCUCGCCAUUCUUUUCUCCAGACGCUAGAGGGGAAAGGCUCACCAGCCCUGGAUACCCCCCGCAUGUUCGAAUUCCAGGUGUACAACGACCAAGGUCACAAACAUUUCAUGGUCUUGACUCGACAUAUAUAUCACCACCACCCUCAUCGGAGCCUCUCACUCCCAAGAUGAUAGGUCAAACCUCCCUCCAACCUUCGUCACUAGCUUCACCGCAGGAUAUGCCGCAUGACACGCCGGCCUCAUCCCACACCACGAUAUCAGGGCAGAGCGCGCCGCAGACGCCUAUGGGUCCGCCUAGCAGAGAGGAUGCCUGUAGGGCACUGGAAGUCGUCAUGUCGUUCAUGCGGCAGCAACCCGUGGGGUCCAUGUAUUCGGACGACUAUGUACUUGUAGGGAAAUUGCUAGGCAGAAUUGGCCUGGAUGGUGGGCCAAUCGACGAAAACCAUGCCGGGUUCCCCGGGAUUGCGCCCUGA